CAAAUUCAAUUCAAAUUUUUUAUUUGAUGUGAGAACAUCUUUCGUACGGCAGAAACGCGUUUCGUUACUACGGGCGUUUUUUUUACAAUAUUUCUUUUGGAAGAGAAAAAGAAAACAACAAGAAUACAAAAAGUUGAAACUGGUAAAAAUAUUAACAAAAUGGCAAAAUUGUGUUGUUGAAACAAAAGAAAUAAAAUUUCUGUGCAAAAUAUUCGGUUUACGAGGUUUUAAAGCGUUCUGUUAAGUGUUUGUGCAGAGUGAAAAAGGUGAAGAAAAAUAAGAAAUAAUUUUAAUCACACACAACGCGAAGAAAAUAAAAGCAGGAAAAAAAUAAGUAAAAUAAGAAACGUCAUUAAAGUGUAUUACAAAACUGAACAUUUUUUUAAAAAACAAAACAACAACGAUUUUAAUUAGUGGAAGAAGAAUUUUAAAAUAAAAUUAUUAUCAGAUCCCCCGUCUCUUCCCCAACCCAAAAACCAAGCACCAACCAAAAGUGUUGGCAUCUCUUUUUAACCCAGUGUUUUUAACAAAUUUAAUCUAUCAACAACAAGUCUACGUCAAGCAAGUUUCUUUUGUGUGGAAGGGCCUAAGUGCCCUCGGCUAUGGCCUUUAUGAUGAAAAAGAAAAAGUAUCGUUUCAAUGUCGAAGUACAAUUACAAGAACUAGAAAAUGUAACGCUUGUCAAUGAGGUGCUAUUUGCCAAAAUCCGUUUGCUGGAUGGUGGUUCAUUUCAAGAAUACAGUAGCAGGGAGGAAGUACGCAACCAUCGCGUAGAAUGGAAUCGCAGUUUCGAAUUUCCCUGCAAAAUGUCAGCAAAUGCCUCAACGGGGGUCCUCGACCCCUGUUAUCUGCGCAUUUCCAUACGCAAAGAGAUGAAGGGUGGCCGUAGUUAUUAUAAGUUAGGUUUUAUUGAUUUAAAUCUUGCCGAAUAUGCUGGCGCUGGUUUAACCUCGCGACGAUUUCUACUCGAAGGUUACGAUUCGAGGCAUCGUUUAGAUAAUUCCAUGUUAACUGUAUCCAUAAAAAUGUUAAUGUUAAGUGGUGACAUAUUAUUUAAGGCUCCUACACCAAAUUUAAAAAAUAAACAAAAAACACCCACAGAUGAUUUGGUCACCGGAUCGACGGGUGUUGGUCUGCAAUCGCCCACAUGUUUAACACCCACAUUACCCAUUGGGGUAACAACACGUCCUGUAUCUGGUAUAAGAGAUGAUGAUUCAGAUCCCCAACAUGUAAUAGCUUCCAUUGUUACCGAUUCUGGACAUUCUGAAUCAUCAGAAUCUGCCAUUACACUAACAUCCGAUGCGUUAUUCAUGCAACAGCAGCAAUUACAACAGCAGCAGCAGCAGUUGCAACUGCAGCAACAACAACAGUCGCAGCAGCAGCAACAACAAAACAAUCAACAGCAUUUGCCAUCAUCUUCCUACCCACCACCACCAUCAUCAUCAUCAUCUGUUGCAACUCUAGUUCCAGGUGUUUCACUAACGAAUGCACAACAAACCUAUGGUGGCAUUGGUGGUACGGGUGGCAGUGGUGGUGGUGGUGGCGGCGUUGGUAGUGGUGGUGGUCUUUCGGGCAGUAUUGGUGGUGGUGGCAGCAUUGGUGUUGGUAUUAUUGGCAGCAAUAAUUGUGGCACCACCACAACAACAUCAUCGAUUGGCGGGGUAGGAGGUUUAACGACAUCGGGUGCCACAGUUCCAGGCCUAGAAAUGGGUCAUUCAAGAAAUUCCAGUAAUACUAGUCAAAUGUCAAAAGGUUCCGGUUACAGUAGUUUUUCGCACAGUCAGCAUUCUCGUCAAAGUUCUGAGGGUGACUCAGGGCAUGCAAGAUUCAGCAAAUCCGUUUCUCUUCUGAAUAGACUUAAUCAGAGAGCUAUGAAUGCUAUGCGCUUGCAUAUAUCCACUUUAAAAUAUCACAAUGCCCCGCCAACUAUAUUGGACACUGGAAGUGGUGGAUUGACAACUACGGGUGUUGGAACUGCUGGCGGUGGUGGUUUAAUGGGCAUUGCUGUGAUAAAUAUCGACGAAAACGAUGAAUUGGCCUUCCAGACACCCAACUGUUCCGGACGCGAAGAUUUCGGAGUGGAAGAUUUCCGAACACCUUUGAAUGAAAUGCCCUCACCACCACCCUUAUCGGCCAAUUCGGUGUAUAGUAUGAACUAUUUAAACACACCCUCGCCCACAUAUCGUAGCGUUAAUAGCAAUAGCCAAUAUGGCUCACGCGAUUCAGAUCUCAAUCAACGUGGAACCGGUGACAGUGAAAGUGAAACUGCCGAUGAUUCGGGAUUGGAUGAGAAUUUCCAUACACCUCGGGUGGCAAAAAUCAAGUCAAUGGAGAAUCUUUCCAUUUUGGAAAUGGAAUUCCACAAGGCUUCCCAGGAAUUGGAUCGUAAUUCACCGCGACGUCUGAAGCUGCUGGCCGAGAGGGAACGCAUGCAAAUGCCAAAGAUGAAGUCGCUGAACAAUCUCUGUUUCGAUGAUUACUCGGAGGAACAAGUGAGGGCUGAAUUCCAGCAGAUACGGGAACAACGGUUGGAAGAGAAAUAUCGCUUCAAUUUACAACAUCGCAAGAGUUCGACGUCGUCGACAAAUUCCGGCAAACUGUUUGUCAAACAUACCAAAGUGGGCAAUGCCAAGUUCAUUGGCAACGAGUACGACUCACCCCAACCGCAACCCCAACCUCCCCCAACCAUUGUACAUUUUCCCAUACAGAAAAUGCGCUCAAUGGGCACGAUACCGGAUGUGGUAACGGAACGCAUUGAACCGGAUCCAUUUUUAACACCAACCUCCGGCCGGAGACCGAAUUUCCCCCUGGAGACCCAAUCGGCCGAGAAAGCUGCUGUGCCAACCUAUGCCAUGACUCGUCUACUCAACUAUGAUUGUGUAGAUGGAGCCCAUACACCACAAAAUCAUCAAUCGCAUAGCUCUCUCAAUGAGCUAUGUCCGCAGGAUCGUAUGGGUAAAUUUAUGCUAACCCAACCGGCGGCGGAUGCUUCGUUUAUGUCACGCACCCCCUUCGAACGGGCCUAUCGCCGCACUCUCAUGAAAAGUUCAACACCCUUUCGCCAGUCGUUUGGUUUGGCCCAAUACAACAGUGAGCUGGUCGGCGCCGAAAAUUGUGUUGCAGCGACCAGACAUUCCAAUCACAAUGCCGGCGUUUAUGAGUUAAUGAGGAAUCCCAGUUCUGGCUCCUUAGUUAUAAGUGAAACUGGUUCAUUGGAUCGCAUGAAGAAUACGGUGAAAAGCAAAAAAGGUCCCCUUGAUGAUGGUCCACGGGUCUCCGAUCGUGUGGAGGAGACCAGGGUAAAUCCCAAUUCAUUGAUUGAUGAGAUUUUGAAGGAUACAAAAUUGGAUCAAUUAGAGGAGUCGGCGGAAACAUCCGGUCUACAAUUGUUCAUAGCUAAGGAUGGCACCACCACAUUUGGCACCCAAGAGGUCAAGUCCCGUGUCUCUGCAGGGGCAUUCAAACAGGUUGUUAUGGAAAAUCCAAGAUAGUAGCAUAAAUUCCAUAUAUUUACAUGCAAAUAUAUAUAUUUGUUGGACACAAGACUUUUCUUUAUUUGAAAACAAAACAACAACAACAAAACAAAACCAACCACAACAACUACUAUUAAUAUUACAACAACAAAGAAUACCUACUAUAAUAAUAUAAAUAUAAAAUAAUAUAUAUGAUAAACUAUAAAAGAAGAGAAACAAAAAAUAAUACAAAACACUACUAUUACAACAACAACAAAAUUUGCUAUAAAAGAAAAUAAAAUCAAUCCAAAACUCAAAUCAAUGUUGAACAAAACCAGAUGCAAAAGCAAAAAAAGGAAAACAACAGAAAAUAGUAAAUCAACAAUUUUUUUGAAAUUCAAGAGAGAAAAAAAUCGUAAACGUUUUUAAAAUGGGAGGUUUACAAAAAAUAGAAACAGAGAUGUCAUUCAAAACCCAAUAUUACACAGUAAGAGCCCAUCAGCAUCCAGAGCUAGCACAUGAACUGAAAGAUCCCAUAAAAUGUCAUAAGAAGCGGCCAAUUAAUUUCGAAUAUCCUUUUUUCUGUCAAAAUUUUUGCUUUCGACAAAGAAAUUUAGUUACAACGCUCGAAGAGCUUCCGAUCUAUUAUAAUCUGCCUGAUAAAAAUUUGUUUUGAAAAGACGUUUGUUGAAUCGUUGUUCAGAAGAAUUCAAAGUAUUGUUCCCUUAAAGUAGUUAGUUUAGCCCCUUACAACAAACAUGUUUGAAUAAUCAAUGAGAUUCAGAAAGGCUCUUUUUUGUAGAAUUUGAAACGAAAUAAAUUAACAGUGAGAGCCACCAGCAUCCAGAGCUAACACAUAAACUGUAGGGUCCCACAGAAUAUAAUGGAGAAGUUGGUAUUUCUAUCUGAAUUGUUGUCAAAACUCGUGCUUAGGGGUUCAGAAGAAAUUAAAAUAUUAUUCCUAUGACAUAGUCAAUUUAGCGCCUUAGGUUAGGCUGGGUUACAGUAUGCGCAGCUAAACUAAAUUCGAUACCAUUCUGUUCAUCCUCGGAGACCAUUCUGUUCAUCCUAGAGGGAUUAGUUAUGAAAGGAAUGAUACAAGAAGAGAUAAUGCACAAAAUAGUACGUUUGCGUAGAUCUCAGUCGUUGAUGAGACUUCAAUGAAUGUAGAUAUGCGUUGGAGAUGCAUGCAUUGUUGUUCCGUUCACAUUAAGAAAACAAAUGAUAGAGAGCUUUUGUAGACAAAUAUGAAUAUAUUGGGCUUAUAUCUAAUGUUUUAUUAUCCCACAACACUAUGUGUUGGAGGUAUUAUAAGUUUGAUUGUCCCAAAAAUUAUGUAACACCUCGAAAUAAUGGCCCCGGACAUACGAAACUAUAUAUGGAUCUUCCUAUCUCGCCGAGCUGAAUCGAUCUAGCUAUGUAUGCCCGUCCGUCCGUCUGUCCAUUUUAAUUUGUAAUAACUAUACAGGUCGCAAUUAUGGCCCGAUCUUUACAAAAUUUAGCAUGGGGUCAAGUUCAGAAUUAUGCGAUAUUAUGCGAUCAUCUUCAAAAACAAUAGGCUUCUGUUUUUGAAAAUGUUCGUAUAAUAUUUAGGAUUUAACAUGGACCAAACAGAUUUUUUUUUCCUGAUUUUGCAGUUGCUCUACAGGUCGCAAUUAUAGACCAUUAUUGGGUGUAUUAUAUUCAAGUCGCAUUUAAUGUCCGAUUUUCCACAAAUUUUACAUGGGGAUGGAGUUAGGAUCAGAAUUAAAGCCUAUUGUUAUUCAAGAUGUAUUAUUAGGUAUUCAAAUGGACCAAAAAUUAAAACUUUUCGCUGAAAUUGCAGUGGCUCUACAGGUCAUAGUUAAAAAGCAAUCGACACGGAGUUUUGCAGGGUUAGGGUUACGGACAGCGCAGAUGUCUAGCAUUAUGGACAAACUUUGAUAUGUUCUGAUUUACCAUGAUAUGUUUUUAGAGAACCUUUUGGAUGUUGGGAUCUAUAUCUGAGAAGAACGUUAGUGUUCCGUGUGGCGUUUGCAUAGUAGGUGUUCAAACAUCUCGAAAUCUUUUUGUCUUUAAAUUGUUGCUGAUAUUGCAAUGGCCAAUCAAUAGCCCACCACGAUUCUUAGAUCGGAGCUACUAAUUGAAAUUUUUUAUAAUUUGUGAAAAUUAUUAACAGUGGUGCACUUUAUUUAACAUGAUCUGAAACAAAAUAACGAUGAAUGCAACUAUUUUAUGGUUUAAAAUCGAAGUAGGAUUAAUGUUGAACUAGAUGUCUAUUUCACAAGUCCAUUGAAGGAACCUCUUAUUUUGUCAGGCUAUUAAUGCUCUUGCUGUUUCCAGUGAUUUCGCAAGAAAGUGGUCCUGGAUUGUUAUUGAAAACGCUGACAGUCUACCAGAAUCACUUCGACAUUACAGCGCCAGAUUCACAGUCUGCCUAAAAUCAUUCAAUGUUUAAUUGUCAAUGCAAUUGAAAACAAAACCCUGAUGCGUUAUUUGAGCCCAUACUAGCUGUACUGUAGUUCACAUUUGUAAGAUUUGUCAGUCAAUAAGUUACUAUUUUUCUGCAUAGCAUUUUUUCACAAAAAAAACUGGAAUUUUUAAUCAAAUAUAGAAUCAAAGGUUUGAAAAUUAACCACUCUAUUCUAAUUAUUACAGGUACCAGCUGAUUUAGCUCUAUAGUAAUACUAAUGUCAAAUCCGAUAUAAAUUUUUGUGAUUUAAUUCCAUUCCUCGAUACAUAAUAGGUAUGUGGUUUUUAUAUUUAUUGUACAACAACAUCCAAUUCGUUUUCCAUCUUAGAACCACCAGAUUGUCAUACCAUCCCGAGAAUGGAAAUCACUCACUAUCUUUUGAUUUAUCUUAUCACAUUUGGCUAUUUCUAGUAACUGAGGCCCGUUUUAUUAAAUUUGUUGUUUUGAUCUCCGGAUUUUCAGUUCAUGUGUUGUGCAACAUGUCAAUCCCCUUUCUCCUCCCCCCACUUUUAACCAUAACUCUACAUCUAAAGCCAGAGCUAUACUGCUAGUGAGAAAUUAAAAACUCUACGCAGUCCUCCAGAAAUUGAAAAAACACAAAAAAAAAACAAGAAAAAAUAUACCAAAAAUUAAUAGAAAUACAUCUUUGAAAAGAAAACCUUAAGAACUUACAAAAAAAUAUUAUAAAAAAAAAUCUUUACAAAAUAUUGGAAGAAUAUUGUCAGAAAAAUAGAAACAAACGAAAAAAUAAAUAAAUCAAAUAAUUACCAUUUUACUCUAUAUAUUUGAAUGUAGAACUACAAUCUAUAUACAAUAACAAUAAUAACUAAAACAUAAAAACAAAACUAUAUACUACUCCCUUUUACCAACCAAACCUAACUAACUAACUAACCAACCAACCUACCUACCGUUUGCAAAAACAAUAAUAUGCAACUUUUUAACUGAAAGAAGAAUACGAAAAUCCCCAAAUCCUUUUGUUUUGGAAUAAAGGACAAUUACCAUCCAUAUAGCAGCAAAUAUCAUCUUCAUUUUUAAACAGUGUACACCUUUAUUUGCAGCCCAUUCACCCGGCAGAGCAUUUUACUUUAUAUUAAGCCAAGAAAUGGAAGGUUCCGUGAUUAAAGUGUCUGUUAAAAUGCAAAAGAUUUCCUCUGACAAAGAAGUUUUUCAAUUUGGUUUUUCAAUUUCGCCCUCUUUGAAACAAUAGAUUUAUGUAAAAUUUGAUUUUUUUAACGAAAAAUUGACCGACAAACAUUUUCCAAAAUCAGUUAAAAAUUUGAAAAAUUUUAAAAGUCCUGCGGCUGGAUUCUUUUUCUACGAAUUUUUGUGAAAUUAAAAAUUUUAUAAAGGAAAGAAAUGUCAAAUGAAAAAUUUUAUAAAGGAAAUAUUUCUCAUUUCAUAUUUUCAUAGAACAAGAAUCCAGCCCCUGGGCCUCAAUUCUCGUUCUAUGAAAAUAUGAAAUGAAAAAUAUUUUCUUCAUAAAAUUUUUCAUGUGACAUUUCUUUCAUUUAUAAAAGUUUCAUUUCUCAUUUUCAUAGAACCAGAAUUGACCCCCUGGUCCCCUUUUAUUAUUUGUUUGUUUUGUUAUUAUUGAAGAUCCAAUCAGUUCAUUGCUUAAGUCUGGCGUAUUUCCCCAAUUGGCUUAACUUCACAGUACUCACUAUUAUAGAGAGUAAUGUUAUUUAAAAGGAAAGUGGGUCUAUAUAAUACUUGCUGAACGCUACCAAUAUCGUGAUUUUACCCCUGCGAAGGAAAUAUGAUCUUAGCAUUUUCAGCUUUUGGAUAUGACGACUUUGUUGAAAAGCCAGCUAGCUCUAUAGGUGUCGAGCAUACUCGAAUGUCCUCAAGCAUUCUACUGGUCACAUUCUUCAGGCGGUAUUUUUCGUUAGCAUUUCCUAUCGUAUCGUCCUACAGUAACUGGCCCUCUAAUUUUCCCCCAAGUCUAUGAACUAUAUCAACAAAUUUUAAAUGAAAUCAUGAUACAAAACUUCUAAAUUUUAAGCCUAUAUAUCUGUGAGAUAUGGAAUUGAUUUGUGAACCGCCAUGACAAACAAAAUUGUUGUGAUAUUCAAACAAAGUUUUUUUCUCUUGUUAAUAUCUGAUAUUUUUUGGACCUUUGUUUUCUAUUAAACCGAGAGGAUUUGUUCUCAAAGAUUAAUUGAAAUUAAAUUCUAUUGAAGAAAUUUUUAAAAAAUACUGCUUUUUGGAUCUAUCUAAACAUAAAUUUCAAAAUUAAACUGACAUGUUAUCGUAACUAUUUGUUAUAUGGUCUGUUCCAAAACCCGCAAGAAUCUUCUGGUUUAGCAAUUUUUUCGAUAUCAUGAAGAAAAAUUUUGUUAUCUUAGAAAAAACUUUUACAUUCUUGCUGUUCUGGAACCAAACAAUAAUAAACUGUACGAUUGAGGACACUUUCUUUCUACUUAAACUAAUCUUGAAAAGAAAACAUAAUAUCCAUUUAAAAUCAAACAAUGUGAUGGAAAAGCCCAUGUAAACCCCUGUACAGAUGGAUAUAACCCUGGCCAUGCCACAUAGAAAAUGUAAAAAACCAUUUUUAGAUAUUAUUUUUAUUCAUUUCUUUUUU